CAGGUGAUCUUGGAGAUCGACAACCGCUUCAAGGAGGCCUUCGAGCUGGACGGCGACUGGUUCGAGUCCGGCGGCUGGGGCCCGAAGCCGGGCGGCCGCCGCACCCUGCAGCCCGGGUGCGUGACCAGGCUGGAGCUCGCCAGCGAGGAGGUCUUCGCCGGGCUCCGGGGGCUGGCCUGGUUCGUCAGCCAGGGCAGCCACGACACGUACUUCAGCGUGGUCUUCUCCAACCCGCUCACCGGCGUGGCCGCCUUCGGCGCCUGGGCCGGCCCCCCCCCGGCGGAGCUGAUGCAGGAGCUGUACGUGUGCCCUCCCGUGACGGAGGGCGUCCAGGUGCCCCCCGGCAGGGGCACGGCGUGGAACAUCCUCGAGAGAGGCGCAACGGUGCGCAUCCGCGUGGUCAUCCUGGAGGACCUGGCCCCGAUCGACCUGCUGGCGUUCCCCCCACAGCGACCAGUGAAGCAGGCGGAGCAGGCGCCCACGGCGUCGCCCCCCAUCCCCGCCGAGCCCUCCGCGUGCCGGGCGAUAGUGCCGGCGAGCAGGGAGGACCUCGGCGCGGCGGC